AUGCAGUCGCUAACGGACAGGUUGCGGACCCACCAGCCAGCCAAUGAGUCACGCCGCCGCCACGCCUGCGAAUUGCAAAAACUGAAGAGUCAGGACCCGCCGCGGCAGGGCCCCAUCAGCUCAGCAAAGUAUAGUAUCUCUGCAGCCAUAUACCAGCGUUUGAUACCACCUCGUGCCGUGCUGCACCUACGACGGGUACCAGCGCCCCCAUGUGCCCCCAUGUGCUCCCUGAAGCCUCAAAGACGCUCACCUGAGAGUUCGCCUGGACCGAAGCUCGCCGCACCUCCACUAUCCGAGAAAGCUCAGGGCCUCGCUGGGCAUGUCAACGCAAGCGCACGAUCCGCACGACGAACGCGGUUUUUCCAUCUCGCAGCGCCCCGAAGCGCCCGCCAGGCCUCCGUUCGCCGGCAUAUGUAUAUAAUACUAACGCCAUCGUCGUCCUUGAUCCCACAUGUACAAAAGGCUGUAACGGAGGACGUUGAACGGGCUCUUUUCCACCGCGUCCAAAGUCGCGGCGCUAUUCGAUGCCCUCCUGACCAUGCAAGCGAAGGGAAUACCGACGAUAUCGCAAAUACCGGUAGGGAUCUCGCAGAACGUUGA